UAUGGCAUUUAACGAGUGCACACAGGUACUACAUGUACAAACAUGGGUCUAGUCCACAGGUUCACUGAUGGGUUCGUCUGGAAGCUGGAUGUGACCCUCAACCCAUCUGAGACGACGCCACUGUUCAUGCAACCACGCUCUGGUAAUCUUCUUCGCUCGGCGCUGGCGCACGGCCAGCACAAUGGCCACACCAAUGGGUACGCCGAGGGCCAUGGUGAUGACAGCGCUCAGUGUGAUGGCGCGGCCCAGGCCAAUGAGUGGCGCGACAUCUCCGACGUUGCCUUGGUCCUCGCGACUCGAGGUGUAACACCACAGGCGGCGGGUAUCGUUUUGGCCGUGAGUCCCGGUUGUCCAGUAGCGCAACCCGACGAAGGCGCCCUGGAAAGCGAGUUGAUGCUGCACGGCGGGGUCGAGGGGUAGCGCAAGAGCGACGCUCGAAGUAUCACACGGCGCCCAUCCCGACCUGCGCUUCCAAGCCACGGGGGAGGGUGCAAU